AUGGCCAAGUUAGAACGUCGAGAUUCCAGUGUGGGAGAGGACAAGGAAGAAGCACGCGACGUUGCCGUGUCUGAUCAACGCCUUCAAGACCUGGGGUACAAGUCUGAAUUCCGCCGCGAGAUGUCUCUCUUCAAAGUGCUUGGGAUAUCGUUCUGCGCCAUCGGCAUUCUGACUGGAAUGAGCAGUGCGUUUCAGACAGGGUUGUUUUCUGGAGGCCCGGUUGGCCUGUUCUGGGGAUGGAAUAUAUGCAGUUUCUUUAUGUUUCUGAUCGCCUUAAGUCUCGCAGAAAUUUGCAGUACAUACCCGACAAUGGGAGGACUCUACUUUUGGGUUUGCAAAAUGAAACCAGACAUACCUAUCCUCGGCUUCUUUACUGGGUGGCUUUAUUCCAUGGCUAUGGUGUUUACUGGCAUUGCCGGAAAUUUGACCGUUGCUCUAUAUCUUGCAUCAAUGGCAGAGGUUGGACAAGGAAGGACUUUGACGAGAGUAGAAAUCACUGCGAUCGCAUGGGCCAUGAACAUAUUCUCUGGCAUUGUCAACACCAUCGGCACGAAGGCUAUAGGACAAAUGAGCAUGUUUAAUGUCUGGUGGACACUGGGCGGGACGCUUAAUUCUCCUGACUUCGUGUUCACGAAUUUUCAAAACUUCACCGGUUGGGAAUCGAGAGGCUUUGUCGUGCUCCUCGGGUUUCUUCAGGCUGUAUACACGCUCGAGGGAUGUGAAACAGCAGCUCAAGUAGCAGAAGAAGCUGUACGCGCAGAAAUACUGGCCCCACUCGCUGUGGCAGGCAGCAUUGCAGGCUCUUGGUUAAUUGGUCUCGCGUACAUGCUUUCACUUCUAUUCGCAGUCCAGAACAUCGCAUCCGUUCAGGCCACCACAUACGCCAUCCCAAUUUCUCAACUCUUCUAUGAUGCUGUCGGGCCCCAGUUGGCGCAACUAUGUCUGGUUGUGGUGAUGCUUUCCCAAGUGAUGGCUGCAAUUACAAAUUUUACUGCAAGCUCGAGGCUGUUCUAUGCGCUUGCAAGAGAUAAUGCGUUCCCGUUGAAAAAACAAUUUAUGACUUUGAACCGAUUCCAAGCACCAUACUGGGGUGUAUGGACCAGCGUCUUGAUAGGAUGCAUUAUAUCGUGUGCCUACAUCGGGUCUGCGGUUGCAUUUGACGCCAUGCUAUCCUCAGCAGCCAUAUCAGUGAUGUUGAGCUACUUGCAACCCAUCAUCAUUCGCGUGUUCUGGCCUGACUCCAUUGAAGACUUUGGACCUUUUUGCCUCGGAAAAUGGUCAUGGCCAGUGAACGUUGCAGGUUUUUCGUUCUGCGUUUUCGUCUGCAUUUUAUUCGUCCUACCUACGGCAUACCCAGCGAACGUCCUCAACAUGAACUACGCAAUUGUUGCUGUGGGCGGUCUUUUGGUCAUAAUCACGAUCAACUGGUUUUGGUGGGGAAAACAUAGCUUUAAAGGCCCUGUUAAAACAUUAACAACGUUUAAAUGA